AUGUUAAAUGAUUUAUUAAAAAAUGGAUCUCAUAAUGAAUUCGAAAAUGAUAUAAUUGUAUCAUGGUUUCCAUGGAAAGUUAAACAAUUAGGAAUUAAAACACUUUUACAAGAAAAAUAUAAAGGUGAUGGAAAUGAAAAUAGUCCAUUUAUAAUUGAUUGGCUUAGUUUUGAUCCAGAAAAUCCUAAGAAAUGGAUGAAUUUCUAUAAAUGGUUUCUAACAUUGAUUGUAAACAGUGCAACAUUUGUAAUAAUAUUUAUUUCUUCAGCUUAUAUUGGUCCAUUUAAAGAACUUAAAGAAGAAUUUCAUGCAAGUGAUGAAUUAAUUAUACUUGGUCUAUCAUUAUUUACUCUUAGUUUUUCAAUAACACCUUUAUUUUGGGCACCAUUUUCCGAAAUUUUUGGUCGACGAUUACUCUUCAUAAUAACUUAUGGUGGAUUAGUUACAUUUAUUGGUGGUACAGUAGCAUCACAAAAUAUUUGGACAUUAAUUAUACUUCGAUUCUUUGCCGGAUCAUUUGCUGCUUCAUCAAUGGCAAAUUCUGGAGGUGUUAUUGCUGAUUUAUUUGAAGGAUCUGAACGUGGUAUUCCUUUAUCAAUAUUUGUUGGAUCAACAUUUUUAGGUAUUAUAAUUGGACCAAUUGUUGGAGGAUUUGUAGGUGAAACAAUUGGAUGGCGUUGGGUUGAAGGACUAAUGACUAUUUCUAGUGGAAUAAUAUGGAUAAUUAUUUGUUUAUUUUUAUCCGAAACAUAUAGUCCAGUUAUUCUACGUAAAAGAGCAAAAAAAUUAAGAAAUGUAACAGGAAAAAUUUAUCGUUCAAAAUUCGAAGAAAAAAGCGAGAUAAAAUUUGUUAAACUUUUUAAAAAUUCUCUUUCACGUCCAUGGAUUCUUUUAUUUCGUGAACCAAUUGUUUUUCUUCUUUCAAUUUAUACAGCAAUUAUUUUUGGAAUUCUUCAUAUGUUUCUUGAUGCUUUUCCAAUUGUUUAUCAAGAUAAACGAAAUUGGAGUGAAGGAAUUGGUGAAUUACCUUUUAUUGGAGUUUUAAUUGGAAUUAUUCUUGCAACUAUUUAUACAAUAUUAGAUAAUAUUAGAUAUAAUUAUACAACAAAUAAAUAUAAUCCACAAUGUCCUUUACCUGAAACUCGUCUUCCACCCGCUAUAGUUGGUUCUAUUUGUUUACCUAUUGGAUUAUUUUGGUUUGCUUGGACUAAUUCUCCAUCUAUUCAUUGGAUUGUUUCAGUUAUUGCAAGUGUACCUUUUGGUUUCGGUAUGACUUCUAUUUUUGUUGGUGUUUUUAAUUAUUUAAUUGAUACCUAUACAAUAUAUACAGCUUCAGCAUUUGCAGCUAAUAUGAUAACACGAUAUAUUUUUGGAUCAGUUUUUCUUUUAUUUACAAAUCAAAUGUAUGAAAAAUUAGGAAUUCAUUGGGCUACAUCUAUACCAGCAUUUUUAACAUUGAUUUGUUUACCAUUUCCAUUGAUUUUUUAUAAAUAUGGUCAAAAUAUACGAAAAAAAAUCGAAAUUUGCUUCGCAAACUCAACAAAUAAAUCAACACGCAACGAUUGA